AUGGAUGCAUACUUCCAGCGGAAGCUCUGCGGCGACUCUCAGACAGGUCUAGGACGUCCCGGACGCCUCGGACCGCUUCCGCUCGCGAUUUCGAGCUCCCGCAAGGUCGUCACGGCGGACGAGAUCAGCUGCAAUGACGGCGGCGCGAAGUCGCAAGUUUGGAGUCCCCUACCGCGCGAAAUGGACGCGAACGACGCGCUGAGGGAGAUGCUCAAUUUGUCCCCGCGCGUGCACUGCCACCGCGCGCGUCCUCUCCUCCCUCCAUGGCCAGCCCGCGACAGCCACGCGCGCGACUCGCCUACGCACUUCUCAGCUGGCGGCGGAGCUACUUCGCGGCCCAGCGGGGAAACCCCUAGGAGCCACGGCAACAGCUCCUCCAGGCGCACCAAGGACGGUCGUGACGCCCGCGAUGUGUACAGGGAAUACCUCGACGAGCACCACCCGUCUCCCGCUCGUCGUCAACCCACUACCAAGCGCGCAUUGCCUCCGCCUCAACCCAUCUUUGUUCCCGACAGCGAGCUCGACAACGGCAACAACCCGCCCUCGCCGACUGCUGGUGGCCCGGUUUCACCCGGUCUCACGCCCCGUCGUAACAAGUCCAUCAUGCAACGAAUCCGGAAGAUGCGAGAUUCGCCGAAUGUCCCGGUAGGACAGUACGAUGAGGAUGACAGCCGCAGGCGCGAGGCGUCCCCCGGAGGACGCUACGGACGGUCCAAUGGACAAUCGUCGCCGUCGGACGAGGCCUUCGUCUACGUUGACCACAUCCCCAUGCGGAAGGAGAAGUCCCUACCCACUCCUCCCCCGAAAGAUGGCUACACCCCGGCCGAGAACCAGAACGGGUACUUCGACUCCGAGAUGGGUGCCGGCUCAGGCGCCGGUCUCGGCCGGAAGACCAGUCUCAUGAAGAAGGUUCGAGGCGUGGUCAAGGGCGGUGGGCCCUCCAAGUAA